UUUUUUUAAUUAAAUUCAGAUAAUGGAAGAAAGAAAAACCUAUCGGAAUCACACGAUUUGAUUCGAUUCGAAGAUGAGCUUCUCAAGCAUCAGUAAAGGAGCCAUGGCUUCCACAUGUUCGCCGCCGGUACUGCAAGUUCUCUCAGUACGCUGCCAGCGCAAUGCACAGCCGUGCUCGUUGAAACCGGAGUCUACUAAACCUUCGCCGGUGAUCGGCACGAACAGACGGCAGCUGCUUUUUUUGGUGACGGCGGCGACAGCGCUGACGGCAAAAGAAUCGGGUUCAAAUGCAGAGGAUAUCCCGUUGUUUGGCCUGAGGAAGAAGCUAAGAAGCGCAGAGGAGGAGGCGGUGGAAAUCGUGAAGGAAGGGUUCGAAGCAGCGGAGAAGGGGCUGGUGACAGCAGAGCGAGGGAUAAAAACAGUGGAGAGAGGGAUCGAAAGUGCGGAGAAGGGGCUGGAAUCAGCGGAGAAAGGAGUGGAAGCGGCGGUGAGUUUUGGAGGGCUAGCGCAGGCUGGAGUGGUGGCGGGAGCGGAGGUACUUGGAGUAGUGGUGGCUACUUCGGUUGUGAACGGAAUUUUGGGGCCAGAAAGCUAGAAAUCUUUUGAGUGCUGAAAUUUCGUCUCUAUAUUGUAUUUUUAUGUAUCAUAUUCUCAUUCUAGUUAAUGAAGUUGUUCUUCAUUUCAAGACCAGUGGCUAGUUUUGCUUUUGCUUAUUAUAUUAAAUCAAAGUACUCUAU